AUGUUCGGAACCUACCGCAUCGUCCACCGGCCGUGGCGCGGCCGGAAACCGUUCUACUACCUGAUGAUCUUUGAGCUCGGCGGCGUCAUCGGGCUGCUGAUCCUCUUCGCCAUCUCCCAGACCGACCCAUACCGCAAAUCUAUGUGGCAGAUAGGCUGGGAUCAUCGCUGGAAUUCCAACCCCAGCGAGAUCCUCUAUGCCUAUGCCAACCAUAAGCCCAUUCCAACGACUCCCUUUGUGUGGUCCACGCUACUCACCAACUUCAACAUUGCCAUCUCCGUCCUCUCUCUUUUCAUCCUCAUCGCCAAGCUGGUCGCCACCAUCAUGCACUUUUACUACCCCAUCCUUGGCAUCUUUAUCGCACUAUCUAUGGCCACUCUCUACGCCGCCAGUCUCGGUGGCCAGGCCGGUCCAGACUACACAGAUUCGCGCUAUCGCAGCCCGACACCUUGGUUUCUCCGCAAGGGCUGCAGCUACGCCCGGCCCUACGGAAAGUACAAUGACUGCCUCAUGGCUCAGGGCGCUGUCGCCGUCUCUGCCUACAUGCUGGUCAUCUACUGCAUCGCCCUCGGCCUGGCCAUCUGGUCCAUGCUUCCUAACAAGCUCGCCGAUCUCGACGACGACUACGACUCCGACGACGGCUUCCCUGUCACCUCCAAGAAGCAGUGGGAAAUGCAGCCGCGCCCCAUGUUGUCACCCGCCCUGGGCAACACGGCCACGACCACCCCCUUCACUCCCCGCACCCAGGCUUUCCAUGCCCUGGACAGGAAGCUGCCGCUGCGAAGCUAG